AGCGUGCGUGACCCUGCGGCGCAUCACGUGCGGCGCCGGCGGCCAUGGCGGGAAGCGAGCCACACAGCGGGGGCAGCUCCCCUCAGCCGCACCACAGCGACUGGAGCCGGCUAGAGGCCGCCUUCCUCAGCGGCUGGAGGAGCUUCUGGCAGUCGGUGGGCAAGGAGAGGGCAACGCCGAGGGCCUCUCAAGAGGAGGUAGAUGAGGAGGCCAGUACGCUGACACGGCUGCCGAUUGAUGUACAGCUAUAUAUUUUGUCAUUUCUUUCACCUCAUGAUCUGUGUCACUUGGGAAGUACAAGCCAUUAUUGGAAUGAAACUGUACGAGAUCCAAUUCUGUGGAGAUAUUUUCUGCUGCGGGAUCUUCCUUCUUGGUCUUCUGUUGACUGGAAGUCUCUUCCAGAUCUAGAAAUCUUAAAAAAGCCUAUAUCUGAGGUCACUGAUGGUGCAUUUUUUGACUACAUGGCAGUCUAUAAAAUGUGCUGUCCAUAUACAAGAAGAUCCUUGAAAUCUAGCCGUCCUAUGUAUGGAGCUGUCACAUCAUUUUUACAUUCAUUGAUCAUUCAGAAUGAACCACGAUUUGCUAUGUUUGGACCAGGUUUGGAAGAACUGAAUACAUCUUUGGUGUUGAGCUUGAUGUCUUCUGAGGAACUUUGCCCGACAGCUGGUUUGCCUCAUAGGCAGAUUGAUGGUAUUGGAUCUGGAGUCAGUUUUCAGUUGAGCAACCAACAUAAAUUCAACAUCCUGAUAUUAUAUUCAACUACCAGGAAAGAAAGAGAUAGAGCAAGAGAAGAGCAUACAAGUGCAGUUAACAAGAUGUUCAGUGUACAGAAUGAAGGAGAUGAUCAGCAAGGAAGCCGGUAUAGUGUAAUUCCACAAAUUCAGAAGGUGUGUGAAGUUGUUGAUGGAUUCAUCUAUGUUGCAAAUGCUGAAGCUCAUAAAAGACAUGAAUGGCAAGAUGAAUUUUCUCGUAUUAUGGCAAUGACAGAUCCAGCUUUUGGAUCUUCAGGAAGACCUAUGCUGGUUUUAUCUUGUAUUUCUCAAGCAAAUGUAAAAAGAAUGCCCUGUUUUUAUUUGGCUCAUGAGCUGCGUCUGAAUCAUCUAAACCACCCAUGGAUGGUCCAGGAUACAGAGGCUGAAACUUUGUCUGGUUUUUUGAACGGCAUUCAGUGGAUUCUUGAAGAAGUGGAAUCUAAGCAUGCACGAUGAUCCUCCUUUUAGACCUUGGGAACUGAAACCAUUUGAAACUUGUUACUAAGGUCAUGGUGUGGGUAUUUGCUGAGUCAGCUAAUUUUACCCAGACUUUUUGCAGAUGGGCUUUAUAUUGGGACAGCUAUAACUGCUGUGUUUUUUACUUAUUUUUUACUUUUUACCUUAAAUCAAUUAUAAAAAAAAGUUUCAGUGCUAGCAUUUAGCCCCUGAAUGAACCUUUUAAGACUUUUUUUUGGAUAACUUUUAUAUUUUCUUUUUUAAAAUAUUAAAUUCUGAAAAGAACAAGUCUGUACUUCUCUCAUUCUUUGUGAUUUCUAAUUUCAGCUCAAAGGUUGCCUUGGUGGAGAAUAGCAAAUUUGCUAAGCUUUCUGUAGGUUCCUUACAAGGGUCCUUAACUGGUUAUCAAAAAGAAGUUUUUAUCUAUUUUU